GUUCAUACUUUCACUUUAGUAUAGCCUGCCAGACAGUGGGGACAGACGCAUCUCAUUCGAGGAUCUGUGAAACAAAGAAUUUGACCAAAUAUGAAGAUCAUUCUAUGCCUAGCAGCUCUGGUAGCUGUUUUCUGCUCAGUGGAAUCCAAACACAGUCCACCCAAGGUUCAGGUGUACAGCCGUGACCCAGGAGAGUAUGGGCUGGACAACACCCUGAUUUGCCAUGUGAGUAACUUCCACCCUCCUGACAUCACCAUCGAGCUGCUGAAGAAUGAAAUGGAGAUGCCACAAACCAAGCAGACAGACCUGGCCUUCAAACAGGAUUGGCACUUCCACCUGACCAAGACUGCUCCCUUCAAACCCGUCAAAGGAGAGCACUACAGCUGCAAGGUCACCCAUGGAGGCCAAUCUAAAGUAUAUGUCUGGGAGCCAAACAUGUAACUGUCGGCGGAGGCCCAGUUCGAGUGACACCAGAUGUUUGGGCGUAGGCUGCUCCAGCAUUCAUUCUUCACAGCUUCAAUCAACAGGAUCACAGCUUCUGUCAACUUUCUCACUUUUAUUUUCAUAAAACCAAAAUACCAAUUCCAUAAUAACGGGGCUGUAAAUGUUCAGUAGUUAUUGUAAUAUGACAGAAUGCACAAACUGCAGUUCUUGUAGGGAUUUGUAAUUAAACUGUCUUGCUUAGAUUACUUGCAGCUUAUUUUCCAGCCUUUGAGUCUCCAAAAUUGUGUGUAUAGGACACUGAAGUAACGCUUAUGUUUAUUUCAACCUGUUUUAUUGGUUUGUUUAGCUCGAAUGACUUUGACUGUUUUUUUUGUUUUUUUUUAAUCCAAAUUCAAAUGGUGACUGGUCAGAUUAAUCAUAUAUGAAUGGGGUAGUCUUUCUGGACCACAUGACCAGUGUUUUCUACGAUUUUCAAUUGUCAUUAUAUGGAUUUGUCAAUUCCCUGUAAAAUAAAUUAAAUUAAAUU